AUGGUCGGCUCCAACGACGACAUCCCUGCGGUGGAAAAAUUCCAUCACCUCAAGAGCAGCCUCACCGGGGAUGCCGCUCGGCAUAUCGCAAACGUUCCGGCUUUCAUCUUGGUUCACUUUAUUAUUCGUCGUCUCGAUCCCGAGACGCGCGAAGCGUGGAAGCUGCGUCAGGGUAUAGCCACGGAUCCGGCAACGUUCCGCGAGCUCGACGACUUUCUAGAUGGGCGCAUUUGCGCUCUAGAGGUGAUCGCUCCCGGGAAUUCUAGCAAGACUGUCAAAGCCGCAAAAACGCUCGCAACAAAGCCCGCCUCGCGCGUUAACGCCACCAACUCUUUCUGUGACGGUUCUCACUUCAUCGACUCCUGUAACGAAUUCGCUGCCAAACCGACGGAGGAUCGACGCGAGUUCGUUGUAUCAAAACGCUUGUGCGCAAACUGCCUCGGCAAUCACCGGUUAACCGAAUGCAAGUCCGCUAAGCGAUGUCGGCUCUGCGGUGGGCAUCAUCAUACUCUCAUUCAUCGCGCGUCCGCGACCUCGAGUGUCGCAAUGCAGCCUGGUCAAGGUGCCGCGAGCAAGGCCUCAUCCUCCGCUGUGGCACUUGCUGUCGCCACGGGCUCGGGCGCUAUCUCGCUUUACGUGUCCGGUUGUCGCCUGGAUGCGCCCGCGAUGACGUUGCUGUCCACCGUUCGCGUCCGCGUCUUGAACCGCUCCGGACAGGCGAUUGAAGCGCGCGCUCUUCUUGAUUUCGGCGCAGAGCUCAGUCUUGUCCGUGAAUUGUUCGCGCAACUUCUACGGUGUCCUCGUCAUCACCCGAGUAUUCCUUUACUCGGAGUCGGAUCGUUACCAUCGUACACCACGCGUGGUGCACUCACUCUACGAUUGCAGUCCUGCGUCGAUCCCACGUUUGAGUUCGACGCUGCUGCUUACGUUGUGCCUCGCGUGAUGAGCCGGGCGCCAGGAGAGGAGGUGAACCCGACUGCAUGGAGCCAACUGUGUAAUCUGCCUCUGGCCGAUCCAACCUGGUAUAAGCCUGGACCGGUGGACCUGAUCCUUGGCUCGGACGUCCUUAGUCAUCUAUUCGGCGAAACCUUCCGUCGUGGUACUCUGCGACAACCCGUCGCGCAGUAUUCCAAGCUCGGCUGGGUAAUAUACGGCCCGUCUGGCGUAGUACCAAACCUGUCUACGCCCACUGCAUUGCCGUCGCAUGGCAUUAGCAAUUGCCCAGACCAUGAGCUCGAAACUCUACUUCGCCAAUUCUGGAUGCAGGAGGAAGUCGCACUCGCAUCACAAUCCGCAUUCACAGAGGAUGAAGCUCAAUGUGAAGCGCAUUUUCGUGACACUUACCCCGUGGCGCUCUCCAUCAGGCCGAUACAUUGUCCGCCUACCGUUUAA